AUGACCGAAGUGGAAGAAAAUCCGUUUCGACCUGAUGGCAAUUUAUGUCAUGAAGUCGACCCGAUAGUUGAAAGUUAUCGCAGAAAACCCUACCCUACCGAGUUGGACAAUGUAGCCGGUUUCGAUUCUGUGUAUAAAGACACGGAAUACAAAGCAAAUGGUUCCGAAGUGGCGAUGAAACCUACUCAGAUAUCUCUGAACGUUGCAAACGGCGACAAGCCAGAAACAAAACUUGUUGAGCAGAAAACUGUACCAUCUCCAAAAGCAGGCACUGUUGAAGUUGUCCACUUAAAACCAAAAAAGCGAAGUUGCCGUUGCUGUGCCGUUCAGUGA